AUGGAAAGCACCGAAGAGUAUGAUGUAAAUCCGGUCAGUUUGACUGUAGAUACUUUGUAUUUAGACUGGGAAAACGAUUUUCCAACUAUUGUUUUCUGCGAGAGAGCUCACGAAAUCGAUGAGGAUCGCAUGAAUCGUUAUGUGUUUGGAAGAGAUAGUGUAAUUGUUCGGGAAAUAGUGUUUUUGGAAGGUGAGAUGAGCACUGCUGUUAAAUGCAACGAUCCUAGCUUCGAUCAAAGCCUUUGCAUCAUGAGUAAUUUCAGUUACUACUCGAAUUUGUUGAGGAAAUCUUGCUCAGAGAUUUUCUCUUACUGCAGUUGGAACGAUAAGGAAUUCGAGUGUUGCGAGCGCUUUCUACCGAUGUACACCUUCUACGGGAAAUGCUUCGCCAUCAAUUCAAUAGCUUCUGAGCCGCCUACCGAGAAGAUGCUUUCGUUUAAGUUUAAAGAUUCGCCUAAGUUAACAGUCGAGAUCAAGACAACCCUACUGUCAACGUCAACUUUGACAGCUGAAGACGUGAUAUCUCCCAGGGAAACGCUGUACGGAAGCAUAUUCGAAGGCUUCAAUAAAAUGAUCGACCCUGACAUGGAAUUCGAUGUCAACAUAAGAUUUCAGAACACCAUCAACGAUGACAGGGUUAAAACUAUUCCACCAGACGUCAGAGGAUGCAUGUUUCCAGAAGAAAGCCAAUUGAUGUACUCGAAAGUCUUCAGUUAUCCGGCCUGCGUUAUUGAUCAUAUCGGGACGUAUCAGAUGAAGACUUGCGGUUGUACCCAAUACCUAAUGCCAGUUGCAGCCCGUGAAAAGCACAUGUGCAAUAACAUGUCUUCUCUGGUCUGCUUGGCCCAAUCCAUUACGCAAUUGGUGAGCGAGGCAAGCCGAGAUAAAUGUCCGGCAUCUUGCGUGGAAUCCGAGAUACGCGUCCUGUCAACAUUGAAGCGCAAUGUCACAGUUUACAACGGCAAAGAUUCGGUGUCCAAGAUCAACUUCUACACGCAUCCGCCGACGUUGCGUUAUUACCGGAAGGUGCGAAGAGAUGACAUCGAAUUGAUAGUGAAUAUUGGUGGAAUAGGAACGCUGUUUUUCGGCGCGAGCGUCCUAUCGCUGGUCGAGAUCAUCUAUUACUUGCUCAUUUAUCCUUGCAGCACGACCACCGAGAAGAAGGCCAAUAAGAAGCCUGGGAACGAGGAGAGGAGGAAGAUGAAGAAGGUCGAAGACAAGAGAUCGGCUCCCACGAUUCCCGGCCACAACAUCUACAAUUUCGACAAUUUCGAGAUCCGCAAUCGACUCACACACCGCACACCUCUACCAUACAUCAAUUAGGAAAUAUUCGUGCAAAAAAAAGGAAAGACAACGAUGACCAUCGUUUAUUUCGCGUUUGCUUUAG